CGAACGAACGAUUGAUUAUGGCAAGUAAAUCGUCAAAGUAUUUUUCAAUAAAGAUAGCACGGUUUCUUAUGAAAACCGUCGGUUUUUGGUAUCCCGAAAGCUCUAAAGAAAAAUGUAUAUUCGACGUUAUAUUAUUUUACACGUUGAUGGCAGUAACAACUUCUUUGGUUAUCGUGUCUCUCGACGUUUAUUAUAGUUGGGGUGAUUUUUACGCGAUCACAUAUACUGCAUGCAGUAUAAUGCCAGUGAUAAUAGUAUUGCUUAAAAUAUCGAUAUUCAUGUUGCAUCGUACGAAAAUGAUGAACUUGAUAAAAUAUACCCAAGAAAACUUUUGGUAUCGGGAAUACGAUGAUUUUGGUCAAAAGAUAUUAAAUGAGAUCGAUAAUAAGGGAAUACUUUUGAUGUGUUCCUUCACGUUUUUUGUUCAAGGAACUGCUGUUACUUAUACCCUGACACCGAUAAUAGAAAACUUGGGUAAAAAUGAUAGCGAUAGGAUUCUACCGUUCAAGAUAUGGAUCGAUCUACCUUUUUCAAUGAGUCCUUAUUUCGAGAUAUUCUUUACGAUUGAGACUCUCGCCCUGAUACACACCGCCGUUUGUUUCGCCUGUUUCGAUAAUUUUUUAUGCCUCUUAAGCAUGCACGCCGCCGGUCAAUUCAAAAUACUACAGCACAAGCUCGAGACGAUUUUUGAUUGGGACGUUAACGUAUCAUUGAAAACUGUCAUAACGUUGAAUAACGAAAGAUUAAAUGAUUGCAUUAAGAGGCACAAUGAAUUAAUUAAUUAUAUUGACAAAUUGGAAAAUAUAUUUACUCACACGAUGUUGUGCCAAUUGUUAAUAUCAAGCGUGAUGCUUUGCGUAGCUGGAUUUCAAAUGUUCUUGUCACAAGGAACGUUGAUAAGGAGGAUGAUAUUUGUCGCUCAUACCAACGGAUGCUUCUUCCAACUCUUUGCAAUAACUUUGACGGCAAACGAGGUAUUGAUUGCCAGUCAAGCUGUAAGUGAGGGCGCCUACGCCGCAAAUUGGCCCUUCCUCCCUUCAGAAAUUUUUACCAACAUAAGUGGAAGUCUUAUAAUGAUUAUGAUCCGAGCACAAAAACCAUGUUGUAUAACUGCAGGCGGAUUUUUUCCUGUCUCUCUCGAAACAUGUAUGGCGGUAUUAAGUACUGCAACGUCGUACUUCACUUUAUUACAUGUUUACAAUAGAUUUAAGGAACUUGUGAUACAGCAUCAAAUGCUCAUCAAAUAUUCCAAGGAUUUAAAUCACGUGUUUACUUUUAUUACGCUCGGCCAGGUAUUAAUAUUCAGUAUAUUGAUAUGCCUAGUGGGCUAUGAAAUAUUUAUAGUGAUUUUUAUAUUAAAAAAAAAUUUUUAUAAAUUAUUAAAGGCAGAGGCAGCUCCUAUCCGACGUGCCGUUUUUAUAUUUUAUAUAAUAGGUACAAUGACCCAAUUAAUGAUGUUUACAUACAGCUGUAAUAUAUUGACAGAAGAGAGCAUGAAUAUAGCUGUAGCAGCAUACUCGUCAUCAUGGACAUCUAUGCCUAUAAAUAAAAUUGGUAAAUUGUUAAGGAAAGGUUUAUUCAUUAUUAUUAUAAGAGCUCAAAAGCCUUGCGUCCUAUCAGCCGGUGGAUUCUUCUCCGUAUCAUUGGAAACUUAUACAGCAGUAAUAAGUACCGCAAUGUCCUAUUUCACAUUACUUAGACAACGGAGUUUAGAAGUAAUUGGUGUCUAAUUGAUAUAAUAUAUCCUCAUAAAGAAUUAAACUUAUAAUAAAUUGUAAUAUUAAUAAAAUAGUAUAGUAUAAUAUAAUAGUAUAAAGUAAUAAAAUUAUUUGAUAAAUUAUUAAUUCAUUUUUAAUUUUUCUUAUCAUUGUAUUACAAAUGAGAAAUAAAAUUUUAAGUUAUCUUUCGAACUAUUGAAUUACCGAUAUGAUAAUAUCAAUGAACUGUAUUAUCGACAAUUAGUAUCUUUUAAAAAUUCUAUUAGUAGAUAAGAUAGAAAUCAUUUAUAUCAUCAUAUAAU